AUGCUUGAGGUCGUUAGGGCUGUGAUCUGGCUGUGGACACCUGAGGCCGAGGCCAGCAUCACGUGGUCGUCGGCGAUCAACAACCAGGACAGCAGCAUCCUUCCAACAAUCUCAUCGCCGCUGCUGCCGGCAUCACUCUUUUCAUCAAUCGGAAUGGAGUCUCCGCUGAUAGAAUCCAGUCUAACGGCCGGGGCCGAAGACGACCUCGAGCACGCGGUCCUCCUCCCCCGCAGCACCUCAGGAGCUCCAGCCGCAGACGAACGCGAGGGGCGCCAACGCCGCCAUCUCGGACUCCUGUCAACGACAUUCCUAAUAACAAACCGCAUGAUCGGCACGGCCAUCUUCUCCACGCCCUCCGCCAUCGCAGCUAGUGUCGGCAGCGCAGGCGCAGCAUUGGCCCUCUGGGUCGUCGGGCUGCUGCUCGCGUACUGCGGCAUGUUCAUCUGGAUCGAGCUCGGCUCUCUUAUGCCCAGGAGUGGCGGCGAGAAGGUUUAUCUGGAAGCGGCGUACCCGAGGCCCGCGAUGCUGGUGACGACGGUGUUUGCGGUGCAUGUGAUCUUUCUGGGGUUUACUGGUAUUGGGGGUGUCGUUGUAGCGGAGAAUAUCCUGCUCGCUCUUAACGGGUCAGCGAAUGACUGGGUCAAGCGCGCGCUGGCCAUCGCCGUCCUUGCGGCUAUUGCGACGAUACAUAUCAGGUUCAGUGCGAUGGGGGUGAAGAUUAUGAACGUCCUGGCCUCCGUCAAGAUCAUCAUCCUCUGUCUCAUCAUUCUUUCCGGCCUGCGCGCCCUCCGGGGCGACCUUCCUCAAAUCCCAGACCCGGCAAGCAGCCUGAAGGACCCAUUCGGCGGCUCUUCGUCCUCGGUGUCCGACUACACCAACGCCCUUUUUAAGAUCCUAGCUACGUACCAAGGCUGGUCGAACGCCGCGUACGUCCUCGACGAAGUGCAGAACCCGCGCAAAGUCCUCAAAAUCGCCGGUCUCGUUGGCGUCGGGAGCGUCGGGCUUCUGUACAUCCUAACCAAUAUCUCCUACUUCAUCGUCGCAACGCCGGAAGAAAUCAGCAAGACGGGCGUCACCGUCGUCGCGCUGCUAAUCGGCAAAGUCUUCGGCGAGACCAUGCUCUGGCUGACCGCCAUCCUGGCGGCGUUAUCAUCGUUCGGGAACCUCAUGACAGCGUCGUUUACGAUGUCGCGCGUCGUCCGGGAAUUCGCGAAGGAGGGCAUACUACCGUGUUCUCGCUUCUUUGUAGCAACCACGCCCUCGGGCUCCCCGUCCGCUGCGUUCCUGCUCGUCUUCCUUUCCUCGACGCUCAUGAUCCUCUUCAUCCCGUUCGGCGAGGUCUACAACUUCCUCCUCGACGUAGGCCAAUACGCAAUCGCAAUAAUCAACAUCCUCGUCGUACUCGGCCUCUUCGCGAUUCGCCGCCGCGAGCAUUCAGCUCGCCAGCGCAUGCGCACAUUCCGCGCCUGGACGCCCGUCGCAUCUCUCUUCUUCCUCUCGCAGAUCUUCCUGCUCGUCACGCCGUUUGUGCCGUCGGCGGUAGAUGUGGGCAAGGCGUUGCCGUCCUGGCUUUAUGCCCUCGUCGCACUCCUUGUGUUUCUCGGCGCUGGAGUCUACUGGUUCGUCGAGUGGGAAGUCCUUCCCAGGCGCGGUGGGUUUGUAUGGACUGCGCGGGAGUCUGUUUCGGCUGAUGGUGAGGAUGUCGUGGUUUGGGAUAAGGUCAAGUUAAAUUGA